CUUGCGGAAUCAGCUUCAUAUUCACGUUUCGGUGCUGACCUGACUCUUCCUCAUGAUGAGGGGACCAGGAGGACGAAACCAAGACCGGGAUCUGAAGGUAUUUAUGAACCAAAUCUUCCACCGCCUCAAAUCUAGUACAGAGACAUUGGUACUGCCGGCACCUUUAAGAUUGCGCCAGAAGGUGGGAUAACACGCAGUAGAUGAUGUCCCAGGGGCCUCAUCUGCGUCACCACAUCAAGCGGACGACGGACGAAAUUCGAGAACAUGCUAUCCAACUCCAAGAUGCUUCUAUGAAAAGAACUGGAAGCUAUUCCUUUAUAGAGAAGACGAGAACUUCAAGCAGCUCGAGCUCGACCUCCGGCACGACGAUUUGUGGUGAUAUUAAAAUUAAUUCUAGCGCGUGGUGAAGGUGAUGCAACAGGAACGGCUACGGCAGCGUCGGCACCGGCACUCUUCCAGAGCAAAGUGGGCCGCGGGGUUAUGAUUCAUGGCUUACUCCACCGG